AUGAAUGUAAGUGUGUAUCUUGGGUAUGGUAAUGGUUCUUUUCAAGAUCAAAUAACGUACCCUACUGGUGCUAAUCCAGUAUCUAUAGUUGUUGAUGAUUUCAACAAUGACAAACAAUUGGAUAUCGUAGUUGCUAAUUUUAAUGAUAAUACUUCAAGUGUACUUCUCGGGUAUGGCAAUGGUUCUUUUGCAGCUCAAGUAACAUAUGCAACUGGAUCAUUACCAACUGCUAUAGCUGCUAGUGAUUUUAAUAAUGACACUCAACUAGAUAUCGUCGUUGCUAAUAAUGGUGAUGCAACUAUAAGUGUACUUUUUGGGUAUGGUAAUGGAUCUUUUUCAGAUCAAGUAACAUAUCCAACGGGAGCUACUCCAUUUUUUGUAGCUAUUGGUGAUUUUAAUAACGAUACUCGACUGGACAUUGUCGUUGCAAAUAAUGGUAACAACAAUGUAGGUCUACUUUUCGGAUAUGGCAAUGGUACGUUUGCAAAUCAGACAACAUUUACAGUUGGCAACUCACCACAAGCCCUGGCUGUUGGUGAUGUGAAUAAUGAUAGUCAACUAGAUAUUGUCGUUGCUAAUACAGGUGACAACACUGCUAGUGUACUUCUUGGACUAGGGAAUGGUGCUUUUGCAAAGGCGACAACAUAUUCAACUGGAUUUAUGCCAUACUUUAUAGCCCUUGCUGAUUUCAAUAGUGAUAAACGACUGGAUAUCACCGUUGCUAAUUAUCGAGACAGUCGUAUUGGUAUACUUCUUGGUUAUGUAAACAUUGCUUUUGUUAAACAAAUAACACUCAUAACUGGUAAUGGUUCUCGACCAAAAUCAUUUGCCAUUGGAGAUUUUAACAAAGAUAAUCGACUCGAUAUUGCUGUCACAAAUUCUGGCACGAAUAAUGUGGGUAUAUUUUUUGGCUAUGGAAAUGGUUCUUUUGCUCUUCAGACUACAUAUGCAACUGGUUCUUCUCCACGAUCUAUAGCUAGUGGUGAUUUUAAUAAUGAUACUAUACUAGAUAUUGUUGUCGCUAAUAGUGGUAGUGAUAGUAUUAGUGUACUUUUCGGAUAUGAAAAUGGUUCUUUUUCAAAUCAAACAACAUUUACAACUGGCUUUGAAUCUGAACCAUAUACAGUAGCUGUUGGUUAUUUUAACAAAGACAUUUUUCUGGAUAUCGUCGUCAUUAAUUAUGGUCUGAGCAAUGUCUAUGUGUUUCUUGGAUAUGGUAAUAGCACAUUCGUAGGUGUAUCCGCUUUUACACUCGGUUUUGGAUCAUCACCAAUAUCUUUAGCUGUUGCCGAUUUGAACAAUGAUAAACAAUUGGAUUUUGCUGUUGUGAACGAAGGUACUGAUAAUUUAAAAAUUCUUCUAGAAACUUGCUAA